AUGGCGAGUCUCGGAUAUAGCAGCGAUGCUCCUAGGCUCAACCCGAAGACAUUCGACAAGACUUUGUCUUCCCUGUCAGACAAUGUCGCCGUGACCGAGAUCAAAGACGACACCAGUGACAAGGAUGAAGUGGCAGAAACGACCACAACAGUAGCCCCAGUGCCGAACGUAUCUUCCGUUCUGCACACAAAGCUCGCAAGAAAACCCGCUACCGUGGUCAGGAGCCAGGGCAGUUUCCUCUACACGAGCGACGGAGCCGAGAUCUUCGAUGCCACCUGUGGCGCUGCGGUGACGUGCAUCGGGCACAAUGACAAACGAGUGCGAAAGGCUAUCGUGGAACAGCUGGACAAGGUGGCUUACAUCUACUCGCCUUUCUUCACCACCGAAGCCGCCGAGCAGCUGGCUACCGAACUCACGGCCUCAACUGGGGGCAAGAUGUCCAAGGUCUUUAUUGUCAGUUCAGGCACUGAAGCAGUUGAAGCUGCUUUGAAGAUGGCUCGUCAAUAUUUCACGGAACUUGCUCAACCACAGACGCAGAGGACCAAAUUCAUCGCCCGCAAACAGUCUUACCACGGCAACACGUUGGGGUCUUUGUCCGUGGGAUUCCACCCCGGACGCCGCGCGGUCUACGAGUCCAUCCUGGCCCAAAACGUCUCGCAUGUCUCGCCGUGCUACCCUUACAGAGGGAUGAAAACCGGUGAAAGUGAGCAGGCCUACGUUGCGAGACUGGCGCAAGAACUCGAGGACACAUUCCAAGAAUUGGGUCCUGACACGGUGUGUGCCUUUGUGGCUGAGACCACCGCCGGCAUGACUCUGGGCUGUGUACCUCCCGUGCCGGGCUACCACAAAGCCAUGAAAGAAGUGUGCGAACGACACGGUGCCUUGUACGUCCUUGACGAAGUCAUGUCGGGAAUGGGUCGAACGGGCACGCUCCACGCCUGGGAACAAGAGGGUGUGGUUCCUGACCUGCAAACUGUUGCCAAGGGUUUAGGCGCAGGCUAUGCCCCGAUCGGAGCUUUGCUGGUCGGCGAGAAGGUGGUCGACGUUGUCACCCACGGCACAGGAAGCUUCGUCCACAGUCAGACUUACCAGGGUCAUCCCAUCGCGUGUGCCGCCUCGAACGAGGUACAACGCAUCAUCCGAGAGGAAAAUCUGCUCCAAAACGUCCGGGAGAGGGGAGAGCAGCUAGAGAAACUUCUCCAGCAGCGUCUGGGUGACCACAAGAACGUUGGUGACAUUCGUGGUCGUGGUCUCUUCUGGGGUGUCGAACUUGUCAAGGACAAGGCAACAAAAGAGCCCCUUGCCCCGAGCGAGCAAACGACGGGCAAAAUGCACCAGAUUGGCAUGCAGACCGAAUAUGGAAUCUCCUUGCUCCCUGGCAGCGGGACCAUAGAUGGCAAGCAGGGUGAUGUAAUUGUUCUUGCUCCCGCGUACAACAUCACAUCCGACGACGUCAGCCUCAUCGUCGAAAGGCUCGAGAAAGUGAUCAAAGCGGUUUUGGGCAAGCCGAAGGAGACACGGCCCAACGCAAUUGACGCGCCUGAGGCUGAAUCAGGAACGUCUCGACCCUCCUAUCUAAUCUUCGCCGCAAUGUUGCUCAUUUUAUGUCAUGACCUCCACCGGCGGAAAGUGGUUGAACUGGCCAUCUUGUUUACUCUUGGGUCCAUAUCUGAGAAUGAGGUUGGUGCCAUAGGCUGCUUUGAAUGCUCUCGACGUCGCAUUGAUUGUGAUCGAGGAACGCCCGAGUGCCAAAAAUGCCUGCAAAGGGGCCUUGCAUGCAGCGGGCUCGGCACCAGAUAUCGUUUCAAUGAUGGCCUUGCAUCGAGGGGAAGACUGGUGGGCCAGAAAUUGCCCACUACAUCCAGGCCAAACCAGGGAAGAACAGCAUUAGUCUCGGAUGCUAAUCUCUCUAUCGACGAAGGCCACAAUGAUGUUGAAGAGAUUAGCCACGACGAUGCGGCCCUCGUCCUAACCCAGCCGAUGCCAGACCAUCUGGACGCGGCCACGCGAUCAUUGUACACAUAUUUUGCAAUCAAUAUCGCUCCCAUCAUGGCAGUCAUCGACCGCGGUUUCAAUGGGUAUCGAGACCUCAUUCUCCCGCUGGCGGAAUACGACCCGCUGGUUCAAAAGGCCGUCGUCGUCGCCGCGACCGAACAUCUGGCCUCCAAGCUGGCGAGAUACGUCUUACCCAACCCCAACACCUACAAUAGCGUCCUCUGCGGGCUUCGUCUCCGAUCACAGACAAUGGUUCCCUACAAAGAUGACAUCAGUAUGACCACCCUACUUCUCCUGCUUGUUUGCGAGAUGAUAUCGGGAGGAGACAAGUUCACACAAAUAUACGGCAUAAUGAGGGGUUUGAUUCGUAGCGCCGGAGCCAACUUGCAGUUCUCAUCCUCUCGCUUGGGACAGUUUGUCGAGAUUCAAACACUCAGAGUCCAACUCAUUGCCGAAAGUCUCUUCAACGAAGCCGAAGGCUCCAAUUUCGUCCACGUCCAGCUGGAGAAGAGUCUGGAAUUUCUUCGAUACUGUCAGUCACUUCAUCCGGAGCAUAGUGUCUUGAUGUCCCUGUUGUUCGACAUCAUGACGCAGGCGUGCCGCCUCUACGUCCUCCGAGCGAGUACCGACCCUCCGCUGUGCGACACGGUCCAGCUCGUCGAAGACUUCAAGCAGCUCGCCGAGAAAGUCGCCGACUACGAGCAUGUCGUCGGCCACCACUUGCUCCUUUGGCCGUACUUCGUGGCUGGGGCCGAAAGCUCCACGAUUCCCCACCGAAGGUAUUUCUCCCAGAAGAUGCAGGCCAUGUAUCGGACGACAAGAUGCGAGAAUACGUUGAAGGCCAUGCAUCAGUUGGAUCGGAUUUGGGAGGCGCAGUCUACCACUCGCUGGACCAGCCUGCUGGGAGGCCCUGGCCAGGUUUUCAUCAUGUAG